AUGAUCUGCUCUACGAAGAGGAAAGUCCUGGAUGGACUCAACAAGAGAUACAUCUACGGUCGCGUGCCUUUAUUGCACACGAUCAUCUUCCUCAUCGAGAUGGCAGUAGCAGCACGGCUUGCUGCCAAAUUCAACACAUACUAUGCUGAAAAGCCAGUGCUGACGACAAUGGUCACCAACGCUGUGCUUGGUGGAGUUGCUGAUACCGUUGCGCAACUGAUUACGGCCUUCCGGACCCGCCGAACCCGCACAAGUGGCGAUGACUUCCUUUCAAUAGAGAUCCACGACUUGGACAAGCAGAAACCCCCUGCUGUAGGGGAGCUGGGAUAUGCCCGGACCUCAUCACCGCCAUUUGACUUUGAGCGGUUGACGAGAUUUAUGGCUUAUGGUUUCUUCAUGGCGCCGGUGCAGUUCCAGUGGUUUGGCUUUUUAUCUAGAGCAUUCCCUCUCACCAAGAGAAACCCGACUGCCCCGGCUUUCAAGCGUGUUGCCUUUGACCAGUUGAUAUUUGCACCAUUUGGUCUGGCGUGCUUCUUCACCUACAUGACGAUCGCCGAGGGUGGUGGUAGAAGGGCAUUAACACAAAAGUUCCGUGAUGUCUAUUUACCAACCCUGAAGGCCAACUUUGUGCUCUGGCCAGCAGUGCAGAUCCUCAACUUCCGCGUUGUUCCCAUUCAAUUCCAAAUUCCCUUUGUCUCAACCAUUGGUAUUGCGUGGACCGCAUACCUCUCCCUAACAAAUUCCUCUGACGAGUCCUAA